AUGGACAAUCUGGAUGCAACGGCUGACGGCAACCACUUUGACAGUAUCCUGGAAGCCAACCCAUUCGCUGAUGUCGUUUCCUCGUCGACGCAACCAAUGUCUUCCGAGCAACAUGAGUCCACGCUGUCAUCGUCAUUACCAACAACAGUAUCACACGAAGAACCAGAGCAACCACAAGCGACACCACCACCAGCAGCAGCUACAGCUUCAUUAUCGUCUUCACCUGUAUCAACACAACCACAACCAUCAGCACCUUCUCCUCCUCCUCAACAACAACAACAACAAACCGUGAAUAGCAGCAAUAGUAGUAUUUCCAAUGGCAUGGCGUCUUUGCAUUUGGAUGCUGGGCAACAGCCAACGACAACGACUCGAGAUUCUCUUGAAGAAGUUGCGUCUGAAUAUAGCCAACCGGAUAGCUUACAAGUGCCUGAGAGCGGAUCACGGCCGUAUUUCCAUGUCACAGUUCAAGAUCCUCAAAAGGUGGGCGAUGCCAUUAAUGCACAUAUCGUAUACAAGGUCAAAACAAAGACCAACUCCCCUGCUUUUCGAUCCCCAGAGUUUGUGGUCGCACGUCGAUAUCGAGACUUUUUAUGGCUUUACAAUCAACUCACGCUUGGUAACCCUGGUGUAAUUGUACCACCUGUUCCUGAAAAACACGCUUUGGGACGCUUUCAAGAUGAAUUUGUAGAAUCACGGCGGAUUGCACUUGAACGAUGUCUACAAAAGAUCGUACGCCACCCUAUGCUUUAUGGUGAUCCUGAUCUCAAGGUAUUCCUCGAGAGUGAAUCUUUCAAUAUUGAGAAACGACAAAAACGUGCUGAACCUGACGCCCCCAAAGUAAGCCUUAUGCGAUCCUUUGGCGAGACCAUUUCCAAUGCUGCCAGCAACCCCUUUUCCAAAUUCGUCGAGGUGGAUGAAUGGUUCGCAUCUAAACGAAGUCAGCUUGAAGCACUUGAAAACCAACUCAAAGGAUUGCUCAAGAGUGUUGAAAGCGUGGUCAAGCAAAGAAAGGAUUUGGGUGGCGCAAUUGCUGAUUUUGGUGAAAGCAUGAUACCACUUGCAUCGGCUGAACUCGAUCGUGACCUAUCAACACAUUUGAUUGUUUUGGCGGAUAUUCAAAAGAGGAUGAAGGAGUUGCAUGAACAACAGGCCCACCAUGAUGUACUUUCAUUAGAACACACCAUCGAUGAGUAUAUACGCAUUAUAGGCUCAAUAAGGGUGUCGUUUAAUGCACGUAUCAAGGCAUACCAAGCUUAUCAGCAAGCCGAAUCGGAGGUACAAAAGAAGCAAGCUGUUUACGACCGUCUCAGUGGCAAUCAAUCCAAGAGUGCAAAACCAGAACGAUUGGCUGCUGCACAGCAGGAAAUAAACGAGGCAAAACAACGCAUGGAUGAAUGCCACCGCGAAUUUGAGGACAUUUCAAAGCUUAUCAAGAGCGAAUUGGAUCGGUUUGAUCACGAAAAAGUGGAGGAUUUCCGUGAUAGCGUCGAACAGUUUCUAUGCAGCAUGAUCGAACAUCAAAAACAGAUUGUUGCACUUUGGGAAUCCUAUUUCGAGCAAACAGAAGGAAUGGCAGACACAGUUGCAUGA